ACAAAUUAAUUUGACCAGAGGCUUUCUUGUCUACAUAUGUAUAUGGAAUAGUGCAAAAGAUUGAGGGGAAGGAGGUGAUAAUCAUAGCUUCCCAUAAAAAAAGUUUUUUGAAGCUCUAAAAUGGAGAGUCCAAGAUUCAUCAAUCCUUCAUUAAUAUUUUUCCUCAUAAUGUACUUUUUCAAUAGUUGAUUAUAGGCUGAUAGGGCAUAAUACAAAACACCUAUUCUUCUGCUGUAGAGCCUCACCAGAAGCCAUGUUGAGUUUGAAUUAUCAGCCUGCACACUGAUAUGGUGGGUGAAAAAGGUUUAAAUUGAAAAAGUGAAUUGCCUGAUAGAUUUCUUUCAGCUAAAUGGCUGUUCUUCUACUGUUCUGUAGAGAAGAGUUUUGCAUUUGCCAAAAGCAAUUGCAAGAAGGAAAGAACUGAAAUUUGUUGAUAUAUUAAAGCGGUCUACUUUGUUUUCUCACUUCGCAAUCCACUUGUAGAAACAAGUCUUUAAAGACUUUAAGGAUAGCAAAAUAACAUUUCAAAAGAUCUGUGGGAGGAAAGAGAAUUAGGCUUUAAUUCUUCUUUUUUUUUAUCUGGUCUUCAAUGCAAAUCCUGAGGGACUCUCUGUUUCCAUGUAUAGUUAUUAUUGGUUAUUUCUAUUUUAGUAACAACUAUACAUGAUCUCAUUAAAGAUCUAAUUUCACUAAGCAUUAUAAAAACAUAGUACAAGGACAAUCUCUGUCCCAGAAAGCUCACAAUCCAUACAUGUUAGCGACAAUUAAAGAAAUGAAGGUAGGAAGAGGAAAAGCAAGGUAGUGGUCAUCUCACUUGUCUCCAGUAGUCACAGCCCAAUCCAGGCCAGGAUGCCAGAUGAAAAUGAUUCCCCUGAAGCUUGUAGACACUGCUUUCUCCUAGUAUGCUCUCUUUUGCAUGUAGUACAUAUAGCCAACCAUUGUCUGUUUUAUGUUUUACUUAUUCUUGCUAUUGUAUCCUUGCUAUCCUUGUAAUAAAGACAGCCAGCUGAGGAGUCACUUGGUCAUAGAAUGGCUCACAUCAAAGUUUAUUUUCUCUGGGUUCAAACUUUAAUUAAUAAAAUACAAAACUAGGCAAGUUUUCCAAUUUGUGUGUUUGAAUAAUAAUAGGCAAACAUGAGAAUUCAAUAAAUCACCUACUAAUAGCUCUUAGAGACUCCAUGGCCAUACAACAGAGUUGCUAUCUCAAGUCUUGUUACAGAAGCUGCGAUUUUAUUUAAAAUCAUAUAUCUGAUAAGGCAAAUUAAUAAUUGUGACAUUUCUAGUUGGAUAAAUGAUUAAUAACCAGCUGUGCCUGUGAACUUAUAAGUUGAAAUGCAAGUCUCAAAAUCUGUUGAUGCUUUUUUUGGCAUGGAGAAAGUAGGUAUUGGUACCUAAUAUGAAAUGAUGUUGCAAAGGACAAGUUAAGCACUUUGUUGAGGCUUUUUUGGCAUGGAGAAAGUAGAUAUCAGUACCUAAUAUGAAAUAAUGUUGCAAAGGGCAAGUUAGCACUUUGUUUGCCAAAUUAACUUUCAAAGACUGUGUAGGUUACCAAGUUUGACUCUCUACACAUAAAUCUUUCAUGAUUGACAGGCUGCUCUAAAAUAGCUUUGUUGAGAAAGAUAAUCUUUGGCAGGCAGCUUCAGAAGUUUGAAACUCUGGAAGGGAUGAAAAGAAAACCCCACUUUUGCAUUGAAAUGGAUUGGCACCUCUGUGAAAUUUGCCUGGGAAUUAUAAGCUAUUUACUGUAUUCUGUGUUGUUUUCUUUUACCAUGUCGCCUGUGGUUCUUUUUAUCUUUAUGGUAUUUUGCACAUGGAAUGUGAAAUAGUGAAACAUUGGGGUGAGGGGGUGGGGUGUUAUUAGAAAGUUCUGUUCACUCCUGUUUUAUUGCAGGUUGGGAGUAUUAGUUUUAUGGUACCUAAAUUUAUGGGUAUAUAUUUUAUGGGAAAGCCCAAUGACAUGUUCAGUGUGCUUCUUCAAACGCUCUCAGUGUUUCUGCUUGAUUCACAACUUUGUAGGGUAUGAAUCAGUCCCUUUCUAUAACUCUUAAUCACCUUUUUAACCUAAAUAAUGUAGUGUGGCUUUUAUUUAUGGUCGGUGUCAUCAUCUUCAUUAUGUAAACCUACUCAAAGUAAUAGCAGAGUACUUCCCUAAAAACUGCUUGUCAGCCACUGAUUGGCUCAAAAGACAGAGUUUUUUUACUGGGUAUAAGCAGCUGAAACAAAAUAUACAGGCAGCUCAUUUCAUAUUUAAGUCAAAAGCAAGUGUUGGCACCACUGUGUGAUAUGGACAAGUGAUGCUUGAUGUCAAGAUGUGAAAUUGAAGGGAAAAUAGCCUGGCAGAGUAGUCCCUUUUUUAAAAUACACUUUUUUCUUAAUUUAUAGUGAGAGGUCAAGGAAGAAUGAGAGUUCCCUUUGUUAUUUGUUGACCAUUCAAGCCCUGCUUUCUGUGUGUGUAGUGGUCAAAUGGAAUUGAUAGAAAGCCCUUGUGCCCUUAUUUGUCUUCCACAGGGUGAAGUGAAGAAGUAAAGUCUCCCAGCUGAACUACUAUGAGGUCAGAAGCCUUGCUGCUAUAUUUCACACUGCUACACUUUGCUGGGGCUGGUUUCCCAGAAGAUUCUGAGCCAAUCAGUAUUUCGCAUGGCAACUAUACAAAACAGUAUCCGGUGUUUGUGGGUCACAAGCCAGGACGGAACGCCACACAGAGGCACAGGCUGGACAUCCAGCUGAUCUUAAUAAUGAACAGAACUCUCUACAUUGCUGCUAGGGACCAUAUUUAUACUGUUGAUAUGGACACAUCACAUACAGAAGAAAUUUAUUUUAGCAAAAAAUUGACAUGGAAAUCUAGACAGGCUGAUGUAGACACGUGCAGAAUGAAGGGAAAACAUAAGGAUGAGUGUCAUAAUUUUAUUAAGGUUCUCCUAAAAAGAAACGAGGAUACCUUGUUUGUCUGUGGAACAAAUGCCUUCAACCCUUCUUGUAGGAACUAUAAGAUGGAUACACUGGAGUUCCUAGGCGAUGAGUUUAGUGGAAUGGCAAGGUGUCCCUAUGAUGCAAAACAUGCCAAUGUUGCACUGUUCACAGAGGGGAAGCUGUAUUCUGCCACAGUGACCGACUUCCUUGCAAUAGAUGCAGUCAUUUACCGGAGCCUUGGAGACAGCCCAACCCUGCGGACAGUCAAACAUGACUCAAAAUGGUUGAAAGAACCCUACUUUGUCCAGGCAGUGGAUUAUGGUGACUAUAUCUACUUCUUCUUUCGUGAAAUAGCAGUGGAAUACAACAGUAUGGGUAAGGUAGUUUUCCCAAGAGUGGCUCAAGUUUGCAAGAAUGAUAUGGGAGGAUCUCAGAGAGUGCUGGAAAAACAGUGGACUUCCUUUCUCAAGGCCCGCCUGAACUGCUCAGUUCCUGGCGAUUCACACUUCUACUUUAAUAUACUGCAGGCAGUUACAGAUGUUAUCCAUUUCAAUGGCCGGGAUGUUGUUUUAGCAACCUUCUCCACUCCAUAUAACAGCAUCCCUGGCUCUGCUGUCUGUGCCUAUGACAUGCUUGACAUUGCCACUGUAUUUACGGGGAGAUUCAAAGAACAAAAGUCUCCAGAUUCUACUUGGACACCAGUUCCUGAUGAACGAGUGCCGAAACCCAGGCCAGGUUGCUGUGCUGGGUCUGCAUCAUUAGAAAAGUAUGUAAGCUCAAAUGAGUUCCCAGAUGAUACUCUAAACUUUAUCAAAACACACCCUCUCAUGGACGAGGCUGUACCUUCAAUUGUCAACAGACCCUGGUUCCUGAGGACGAUGGUCAGAUAUCGUCUGACCAAAAUUGCAGUAGACACUGCCGCUGGACCAUAUCAGAAUUACACUGUGGUUUUCUUGGGAUCAGAGAAGGGAAUCAUCUUGAAGUUCUUGGCCCGGACAGGAAACAGCGGUUUCCUAAAUGAUAGCCUUUUCCUGGAGGAGAUGAACGUUUAUAAUCCUGAAAAGUGCAGUUAUGAUGGAGUGGAAGACAAGAGGAUUAUGGGUAUGCAGCUUGACAAACAAAGCAGUGCCCUGUAUGUAGCAUUCUCUACCUGUGUGAUAAAGGUUCCCCUGGGACGAUGUGAGCGUCAUGGAAAGUGCAAAAAGGCCUGCAUAGCCUCCAGAGACCCAUACUGUGGCUGGGUGAAAGAAAGCGGGACAUGUACACGUCUGUUACUUAGCGCUAAACUGGCAUUUGAACAGGACAUAGAGCAUGGCAAUACAGAUGGCCUGGGUGACUGCCAAAAUUCCUUCGUUGCACUGAAUGGACACUCCAGUUCACUACUUCCAAGCACCACCACUUCUGACUCUCCGGCUCAAGAGGGUUAUGAUACUAGGAUGCUGGAUUGGAAGGAUCCGGUUGGCUCAUCUGAAAAUACAGAUCAUGUGGCAGUGUCAUCUCAUAAUCACCAAGACAAGAAGGGAGUGAUUCGUGAGAGUUAUCUCAAAGGUCAUGAUCAGCUGGUGCCCGUCACCCUCCUGGCCAUUGCAGUCAUUCUUGCUUUUGUCAUGGGGGCCGUCUUCUCAGGAAUCAUAGUUUACUGCAUCUGUGACCAUCGCCGCAGAGACGUGGCUGUUGUGCAGAGGAAGGAGAAGGAGCUGACACACUCCCGCCGUGGCUCCAUGAGCAGUGUUACCAAGUUGAGUGGCCUCUUUGGAGACACUCAGUCUAAGGAGCCAAAGCCAGAAGCUAUCCUCACACCUUUGAUGCACAACGGCAAACUGGCUACACCCGGCAGCACAGCCAAAAUGUUAAUCAAAGCUGACCAGCACCACCUGGACUUGGCUGCUCUGCCAACCCCUGAAUCCACCCCAACCUUGCAACAGAAGAGAAAGCCCAGUCGUGGAAGCAGGGAAUGGGAAAGAAACCAGAAUCUCAUCAAUGCCUGCACAAAAGACAUCCCCCCAAUGGCCUCGCCUGUGAUCCCGACUGACCUGCCUCUGAGGGCUUCUCCCAGCCACAUCCCAAGUGUUGUGGUCCUGCCAAUCUCUCAGCAAGGGUAUCAGCACGAGUAUGUGGAUCAGCCAAAAAUGAGCGAUGUGGCACAGAUGGCUGUGGAGGACCAGAAUGCCACCCUUGAGUACAAAACCAUAAAGGAGCAUCUCAGCAGCAAAAGCCCCAACCAUGGGGUCAACCUGGUGGAAAAUCUUGAUAGCAUGCCACCAAAAGUACCCCAGAGGGAAGCCUCCCUUGGGCCUCCUAGCUCCUCUCUUUCUCAGAGUGGCCUGAGCAAGCGCUUGGAGAUGCAUUCCUCCGCAUAUAAUGUGGACUACAAGAGGAACUACCCUACGAACUCACUCACGAGAAAUCACCAGACAUCGACUCUCAAAAGAAACAAUACUAACUCCUCUAAUUCCUCCCACCUCUCCCGAAAUCAGAGCUUUGGCAGGGGAGACAACCCUCCUCCUGCCCCGCAGAGAGUGGACUCUAUACAGGUCCAUGCUGCUCAGGCGCAGGCUGUGACUGUAUCUAGGCAGCCUAGUCUCACUGCAUAUAACUCACUGACAAGGUCGGGGUUGAAACGUACACCUUCACUAAAACCAGAUGUACCCCCCAAACCUUCUUUUGCCCCACUUUCAUCGUCCAUGAAGCCCAAUGAUGCAUGUACAUAAUCAGAGUGGGGUGGGGGGAAACAGCAAUUAAGCAGAGUUUGCCCUUUAAAGCCAGUGUUCUGCAAUGGCAUCGUUAGUUCUAAUUGACAAGAAGGCUGUUAUUAAGCUGAGGAUGUAUUGAUUCUGCUCUCUGGGAAAAGUGGAAUAUUUUUUAAACCGAGCCAUAUGAUCCAUGGUUAAAGGUUUGCAACUGCAGGACUCACCCCCACAACCCAACAGCUCUUUACUCAAAAGACUAACUUAACAUCACAAAAACAUUGAGCCAAAAGCACACAGGUGAAUGAUGACUGUGACAUUUCACCCCCAACUGCACAGUGCAUUCCUGAACU